UCCCGGACCGCAUUCCACUCCAUAUUAAUUUAUCCCCUUCCCAUUCUUGCCUUGUUCUUCUUGCUUCCAAGACCCACAGUCCGUCCUCGGUCGUACCCUCCCCUGGACGAUCAUGCAAGACUCCGGACCCGAUGGCCAGGAUCCCAGGCACUCAGGGUCGACUCCCCUGCGCCGGGAGCGGGCCCCGACAAUCACCAUUGACACCUCCGCCGUGACCUCUUCCUCACACGAACACAGCCGACCGCCAGUGCAGGUUUUGCCCGCCUCGCCGCAACCUUCGCUGCACAUUUCAACGGACAAUGUCGAUGCGAAUGACACCAGUGCUCUUUUGAAUAACGGCGGAGUCUCGCCUACUUCCCUCCGCUCGGCGGCUUCCUCCGAAGCCAGAGAUAACGAAAGUCGACCGACCUCACCGCAUAACUUCUCUUCUCCCGCAUCGAAAAUGGCCGACUCCAUGUCCAAUUCGAACUACCUGGCUGUACCAGGCACAAGGUCUCGUGGGAAUUCGCUAGAGUCACAGGACUCGAAUCAGACGACGAGCUCGUACGGUGGCGAUACAUACGCACCGACUGCAUCGCACGGAUCCAACACAGAUUUGACGCAGAACACAAUAGUCAACGACGAGGAUGCGCUGAAGCCUGACCCAGGCCGAGAAGCCGAAUUCGAAGUGGAGGAUAACAAGUUUGCCUUUUCACCUGGCCAGUUGAACAAGCUUUUGAACCCGAAGAGUCUCGGGGCUCUGCAUGCUCUCGGUGGGCUUCGUGGAAUUGAGAAAGGGCUGCGCACCGACGCUCGAGGUGGCCUGAGCUUAGAUGAGGAUGAGUUGGACGGCGUUGUGAGCUUUGCAGACGCCACGGCUUCACAGGCGACCCAAACAACACCCAAGUCCUCUUCUCCCCCGGGUCCGCGCACCACACCCGCUGGAACGAGCUCUAGCGCGAAACCCGGCGAUAGUUUGUUUACGGAUCGGACACGCGUUUAUGGGACAAACAAGCUUCCUGAAAGAAAGGCCAAAAGUUUCCUGGAGCUGGCGUGGAUUGCAUAUAACGACAAAGUGCUGAUCUUGCUGACAAUUGCGGCCAUUAUCUCUCUUGCUCUUGGUAUAUACCAAUCUGUGACAGCCACCGGCAAAGAGGCCAGAGUCCAAUGGGUUGAAGGCGUUGCGAUCAUUGUGGCGAUUCUGAUUGUCGUGAUUGUCGGAGCCGCAAAUGACUGGCAGAAAGAGCGCCAAUUCGUCAAACUCAACAAGAAAAAGGAUGAUCGUCUUGUCAAGGUGAUUCGAUCCGGGAAGACCUCUGAGAUAUCGGUUCAUGAUGUCCUGGUGGGCGAUGUCAUGCAUCUGGAACCGGGUGACAUGAUUCCCGUGGAUGGGAUUUUCAUCGAGGGUCAUAAUGUCAAAUGUGACGAGUCCUCCGCCACUGGUGAGUCGGAUGUGCUUCGGAAGAUGCCUGCCGAUGAUGUAUACCGUGCAAUUGAGCAUCACGACAACUUGUCGAAGCAUGAUCCGUUCAUCGUCUCAGGUGCGAAGGUUUCGGAAGGUGUAGGAACUUUCUUGGUCACCGCGGUUGGCGUCAAUUCGACCUACGGAAAAACAAUGAUGUCGCUUCAAGAUGAGGGCCAGACGACUCCGCUUCAGUCCAAGUUGAACGUACUGGCCGAACACAUCGCCAAGCUCGGUCUCGCCUCUGGAUUGCUCCUAUUCGUUGUUCUCUUCAUCAAGUUCCUCGCUCAGCUGAAGGACAUGGAAGGUGCCUCCGAAAAAGGCCAAGCUUUCCUGCAAAUAUUUAUUGUUGCUGUGACUGUGAUUGUUGUUGCUGUCCCGGAAGGCUUACCACUCGCCGUCACUCUUGCGCUUGCCUUUGCGACGACCCGAAUGCUUAAGGACAACAACCUUGUACGACUGCUGAGAGCAUGUGAAACCAUGGGAAAUGCGACCACUAUUUGCUCCGAUAAGACCGGCACAUUGACAGAAAAUAAGAUGACUGCUGUGGCUGCCACCCUGGGUAAGAACCUCCGUUUCGGAGACAAGUCUUCAGGACCGGCUCUCCGUGCGGACGAUGACCGCGGCCGGGACCCGGUGACCACCGUAUCUCCCUCGGAAUUUGCUUCUAGCCUUUCUGCCCCAGCCAAGGACCUGUUGGUCAAAUCGAUUGUGAUCAACUCAACUGCCUUUGAAGGAGAGCAGGAUGGGAUAGCGACCUUUGUCGGCUCAAAGACCGAGACUGCACUCUUGGGAUUUGCCCGGACGUACCUCGGAAUGGGGUCAGUCAGUGAAGCACGAGAUAAUGCGACCAUUGCUCAAAUGGUCCCUUUCGACUCGGGACGCAAGUGCAUGGCUGUGGUUGUCAAAAUGGAGAACGGUAAAUACCGGAUGUUAGUCAAGGGCGCAUCGGAAAUCUUGGUGGCUCGCUCGACCAAGAUUGUCCGUGAUGCUAGGAAAGAUCUUUCUGAGGUUACCAUGUCUGACGAGGACCGAUCAGUCCUGGACAAGGUCAUUGAUCAUUAUGCUUCCCAUUCACUGCGAACCAUCGGUCUAGUCUAUCGUGACUUUGAGCAGUGGCCGCCACGCGGUGCAGCCACCCAGGAAGAAGAUCGCUCACUUGCGGUCUUCGACUCGGUCUUCAAGGAUAUGGUCAUUCUCGGUGUCUUUGGUAUCCAGGAUCCACUACGCCAAGGUGUAACGGAAUCGGUGCACCAAUGCCAACGUGCGGGCGUUUUCGUGCGGAUGGUGACUGGUGAUAACAUCACAACCGCCAAGGCUAUUGCUCAGGAGUGUGGAAUUUUCACGCCGGGAGGAAUCGCUAUCGAGGGACCCAAAUUUCGUCAGUUGAGCAGCCGCCAGAUGACUCAGAUUAUUCCUCGGUUGCAGGUAUUGGCCCGGUCGAGCCCUGAUGACAAGAAGAUUCUGGUCGCUCAGCUGAAGAAGCUUGGUGAAACUGUUGCCGUGACGGGCGAUGGUACCAAUGAUGCUCAGGCGCUCAAGACUGCUGAUGUCGGUUUCUCAAUGGGUAUCUCUGGUACAGAGGUUGCGAAGGAAGCUUCUGAUAUUAUCCUCAUGGACGACAACUUCACCUCCAUCAUCAAGGCGAUGGCUUGGGGUCGAACUGUGAACGACGCCGUCAAGAAGUUUUUGCAGUUCCAACUCACUGUGAACGUGACAGCUGUCCUUCUCACGUUUAUCUCGGCAGUUGCAAGCGGUGACGAGGAGUCGGUCCUGACUGCAGUGCAGCUUCUCUGGGUCAACCUUAUCAUGGAUACCUUUGCUGCUCUCGCUCUGGCAACGGACCCACCAUCCCCUCAUGUUCUCGACCGCAGGCCUGAACCCAAGUCUGCACCCCUCAUUACGCCGACCAUGUGGAAGAUGAUCAUUGGACAGAGUAUCUAUCAACUGGUUGUCACUCUUGUCCUAAACUUUGCCGGAAACUCGAUCUUCCACUACCAUUCAGAGGAGGAUACUUCGCACAUGCAAACGGUCGUGUUCAACACCUUUGUCUGGAUGCAGAUUUUCAACCAAUGGAACUCUCGCCGUCUCGAUAACAAUCUCAAUAUUUUCGAAGGGAUGUUGAAGAAUGCGUGGUUCAUUGGAAUCCAAUUAAUCAUCAUCGGAGGACAGAUUCUCAUCAUCUUUGUUGGUGGCCAGGCAUUUUCAGUCGAACGGCUCAAUGGUCCUCAAUGGGCUGUGUCUCUGGUCUUGGGAGUUAUCUCCCUCCCAGUAGGCGUGAUUAUUCGCUUGAUCCCAGAUGCUCUUAUCGCCAAGCUUAUUCCCACCUUCUGGCACCGCAAGAAGGGACCCGAGCUCUGGGUUUCUGACGAGGAUCGCCGCUUUGAGUGGAAUCCUGCCCUGGAGGAGAUCCGGGAUCAGUUGAAGUUCCUCAAGACUGUUCGCGGAGGUCGUCUCCGGCACUUGAAGCACAAGCUGCAGCACCCUGAAGAACUUCUACCCAGAUCUCGAAGCGGAUCACGGUCAUCCCGAUCUCGCGAGAACUCGAUCCCUGGUACACCCGUGGAAAACAACAGCGACAGCACGCCCCCCAUGCCCGCGACUCCGGAAUCACGGUCUAGACGGCGCACGAGGUCUCGUUCAAAUUCGGCAUUCGGGCCAGCGGCUGCUAUGGCCGGUGUUGUGGCAGGCAGCAUCGCAGGCUGGUCUCCCAUUGAACGGACCCACGGAGAUGGCGAGCCUUUCAAGAUUCAGGCCAACAGCCCGCACGGAGGGUUGGACAAGCAACAGGGCAUUGAGAUUCAUCCAGACACUGCUGCGGAUGACCAAAUCGUGGGAAGCUUCAAGGCUACGUCGAAGACACCGCCGAGUCAAAACCCCGAGCUUCUCCCCCAUUUUGAUCAUGUCCCUCCUGAGCGUGCGCCGUCCCACCGCAGCCGACGGUCUACGUCGCGCCAGUCGCAAUCCAGUCAGAGCCAUGUCUGAGCGUUUUCACAAUACCACCUGUGCAACAAGCUGUUUUUAAUACUCCACCUCCCAAUGAUUCCAAGCUCGGUUUUUUCUCGCAUGUGUAUACCUAUUUGCUCUUCCUCAUACCCCAUUUCCAGUCUUGAUUCAUUGUCUCGUCCACGCUGGCUUUUCUCCUCCGCUAUUCUCGAAUUAUUCCCUAGUACUCUCUCGGAGGAACCUCUAG